AAAAAUGAGUGGAGAAAAUGAAAUUCAAGAAGAGAAAAAUUAUGAAGAGUAAUAUAGAAAUUGGAAAUAGAAUAUUCCAUUUAUGUAUGAAAUUUGCAUCAAUCAUUAAAACAAAUGGCCAUCUUUAACAGUUUGUUGGUUGAACGAACUUGAGAUGUUUUUUCCAUUAUUAUCAUAGUGAUCAAAAUGAAAAUGAAGUACACAGAUUGAUUGUGGCCACGCAGACUAAUAAUCAAGAAUAGGAUUAUAUAAAAUUGCUAAAAGUUGCUAUUCCAAAGUAAAUUGAUGAUAAGAUUGAUAAUACUUUGCUUAACAAUAUUUGUACUUAUACAUUAAUAUGUUGAGGGAAAACUUAAGCGGUGGGUAAAGUCUAAGAAGAAUUACAAAUUUAAGUGGAAGUUGAAAUUAACCGAGUUAGAUAAUAACCAAAUAAUUAAUUAAUUUUAGCAGCUUAAGCAGGUGAUGGGGAAGUUGGUAUCUAUCUAAUCUAUCCUUAAUAGGUUUAUAUGAUUUAAGCAAAUAAUCGAAAGUUUAAGCUUUAAUUGGAUAAAAUAAAGAAGGUUAUGGAUUGUCUUGGAAUCUCACAAAUAGUGGAUAAUUAUUAUCAGCUAGUUAUGAUCAUAAAAUAUAUUUUUGGGAUACAAAUACAGCUUAAUUAAUAAAUUCUUACAAUUUUCAUUCAGCUGAAGUAGAAGAUGUUUGUUGGCAUCCACAAAAUCCAAAUAUAUUUCUUUCAUGUUCUGAUGAUAAGACAUUUGCUAUGUAAAUUAAUUAUCUUAUUUUUUAGUGCUGAUGUUCGAACUAAUUAAGGUGUCACUAUAUAAUAAGAAGCUCACUCAUAAGAAGUUAAUUGUGCAUAAUUUAAUAAUUUUUAAUCUAAUUUAUUUGCAACUGGAUCUAAUGAUGCUUUGGUUAAAAUGUUUGAUAUGAAUAAACCAGAAGAGGAUAUACAUACCUUCUCAAAUCAUGAAGAUGCUAUUUAUAGUCUCUAAUGGUCGCCUCAUUAAAGAAAUCUACUUGCAUCUGGAUCUGUUGAUACCAAAAUUGUUGUAUGGGAUUAUUUUAAAAUUGGAAAUGAAAUUAAAGCUGAAGAUGAAAAAGAUGGACCAUCAGAAUUAUUGGUAAUUAUACUAUUUUUAUAUUAGUUUUAUCAUGGAGGACAUAGAUCUAAAGUUAAUGAUUUAUCAUGGAAUCUCAAUCAUAAACAUUUAUUAGCAAGUGUAGAAUAAGAGAAAAACAUACUCUAAAUUUGGAAAAUUUAAUAAUAGUUAUGGGAGCAGGAUGAAAAUGAUGAAUAUAUUCAAUCUCUUGUUUGA